GGCGUGCCAGUGAGAGCGUGAGAAAAAGAGAGAGAGAGAGAGAGAGAGAGACGCGUGGAUUAAAGUGAAGGAAGUACGGGAGGAUAUAAGAUUAAGGGGUCACCGGAUUAUCAGCAGUCGUGGUACCGAGGUUUUCAUGAUUCCCGCUUGACGUCUCGACAACAGCCCACCCCGGCACCGGUGAGCUCUAUGACAAUGCUCCAGUCGCAAAAGCUGUAUAGCGAGGCUGGUAGUCUCGGUGGUGCCAUGACGAGCGCCGCGAUGUCCAGCAUGGGCAGCAUGGCACCCACAUACAGCUCGAUCAAUUCUAUGGGUUGCGUGUCAAUGGGAAUGUCGAUGGGCGUUGGAGUUGGUCCGAGUUGCAGUCCUCAAGGAGCCGGUGGAUUCAAUAUGAGCACAAUGAGCUCGGCCAUGGGGAUGGCUUCGAUGGGAGGCGGUGGAAUGGGUGGUUAUGGUGGCACGUCAAUGGGUGGCGGAGGCGCUUGCAUGAGUGCCGUUGGUUAUGGUCCUUUAACGCCGGGAGGUGGUACCGCUGUAAGCAGAGAUCCAUUAUCGUUAGCAGAACCAGAUUCUCCUAAUUCUGCCCUUCAGCGUGCACGCACAGACAAAUCUUAUCGAAGAAGUUACACGCACGCGAAACCGCCUUAUUCUUACAUUAGUUUGAUCACCAUGGCAAUACAAAACGCGCCGACCAAAAUGCUCACGCUCUCAGAGAUUUAUCAAUUCAUCAUGGAUUUGUUCCCGUUCUAUCGGCAAAAUCAACAAAGAUGGCAAAAUUCGAUAAGACAUUCGUUAAGCUUUAACGAUUGUUUCGUUAAAGUACCGCGAACGCCCGAUAAGCCAGGCAAAGGUUCCUUCUGGACGCUUCAUCCGGAGAGUGGUAACAUGUUCGAGAAUGGUUGUUACUUGCGCCGUCAAAAAAGGUUCAAAGACGAAAAGAAAGAGUUGACGAGGCAGAAUAACAAACAUCAACAACAUCAACAACACCACACGACGGGUGCUGCGGUCGCUGCCGCCGCCGCAGCUGCUGCAGCCGCUGCUGCAGCCGCCGCCGGACACAACAGUCCUAAUUCUCACGAUCUCGGACAUGGGGGUAAGAAGACGCCUUCGUCCCUUCAUCAUGCUCCUCAGCAACAAGACGACAAAGAUCUUCAUUCUUUGGUCUCGUCUCAUCAUCACCAUCAUUCGGCCGGUCUUCAUCAGCAUCACGCUGCUUUGAAAGGCGACACCAACGAUAUCGGUGGACUAUUAGGACCAGAUCUCGGUACGACUCACGACGAGCUUACGGCUAUGGUCAGUCGUACCCUUCAUCCUCACUUGUUGUCUGAUCCAGCGGCUCUUCAUCAUGGUAUGGCAGGUAGCUUAAAGCAAGAGCCACCUUAUACGGCUGCCAGUCAUCCGUUCAGCAUUACCAGGCUAUUACCCGGUGCAACCGCUGGAACUUCACCGGGUGCUCAAGACACGAAACCGCCAGAAAUGAAGAUGUACGAUCAAAUUCAUCAGAGUUAUGCGAACUUCAGUUCGCCACAUCAUCCGCACGCGCAUUCUGCGCCRCCGAGUCAUCAUCAUCACAACGGGAUGCACGCUGGUUCGAACACCGGCGGAGGACCCAUGCAUAAUAUGACCAAUCACCAUCAUCAAGAAUAUUAUCAAAGUCCUUUGUACCAUCACGCGACCAGCGUGAGUACCAGCAGUGCGCCUCCUCCCCCGUCGGUCGCGACAGCGGCUCCGGGAUUGUGACAUCACGCUACCCAUCCCUACGCCUUGGCUUGAGUCGCUGCCGUUGCGGCCUAUGCCGCCGCCGGUAAUACCGUCGCUAAUUUAACAACCCAUCAUCCUCGGACAAUGCUCGACGACGUUGUUCUUCCUUCAUCAACAUCGCCAUCGUCGUUGCCGCCAGCACCACCA